AUGUACAUGUACUGUAUAUAUUGGUGUUCAAGUAACUACUGUAUGGCUGCGAUUUUGAUUUACAAUAGGGACAUAACGCGUAAACCUAACUCGAAAUUACUUGGAGACACGUCGUUUGAAACUGUACAAUACACUGUCGGCAUGCCAGGAAUUUGCAUUCAUCCAUUGGCCAGUAAAGUAUGUUCUGGGAGACCCUCCAAUGAAGGCCGGGCUGCUCUGGUCGACUCAUUGUUGGUGGCCCUUCAAUUGCACAAGUCAUACAAGCUGAUACCCAUAACCCCUGCCACAGCCGCUGAACUUCAGAGAUACCACAGUCUGGAGUAUGUUUCGGCGGUGUUGAAGAAGGGUCAAAGCGAAAAGACGUUGGACAAGAUGGGACUUAUUCACGACUGCCCCAUCUUUCCUGGUCUUGACGCGUAUGUCAAACUUGUUGCUGGUUCUACAUUGAGUUGUGCGAGGCAACUUAUGUCUGGACAACACCAACUGUGCAUCAACUGGUAUGGAGGAAGACAUCAUGGUAAGCGGUCGGCUGCAUCUGGGUUCUGCUAUGUCAAUGAUGUGGUUCUGGGCAUCCAGGAGAUGCGGAAGCAGUAUCAGAAGAUUAUGUAUAUUGAUGUUGAUCUUCACCAUGGCGACGCAGUCAGUGCAGCCUUUCUCCACAGCAAGAAUGUUCUCUGUGUCUCCUUACAUCAUUACGAUACAGGAUUUUUUCCUGGUACAGGUGCACUUUCUGACUGUGGGUCUGGCCCUGGCGAGUAUCAUACUGCCAAUGUGCCUUUGAGAAAGGGGUUUGGAGACCAGUCUCUGGACCGAGUGUUCCAUAGUAUUGUUGAAGGAUACUAUGAGGCCUAUCAGCCUACUGCGGUGGUCCUGUUACUUGGAUGUGAUGGACUGGCUACUGAUGAACAUAAAAAAUGGAACCUGAGUGUUCCUGGUCUGGGUGAGAUUGUUCGCAAGGUCGCUUCGUGGAAGAAGCCCACUCUGGUUUUAGGGGGAGGAGGGUACAAUCACACAGAUACUGCGCGAUGCUGGACCUACUCGACGGCUGUAUGUUCGGGUAUGACGAAAGAGGAGAUCUUGGCUUUAGAACUACCUUCAAAGCUGUCAGAGAAGCAUCUUGUACAGUUUGAGACGGACGGAUACACGCUAUGGAACGACGAGAACCUCAGGGGCCGUACCAUGGUGGACGAAAAUGACGACGAGUAUUUGAAAGAGUUAGAGAGCACUCAUCAGGAGAGGAUUGGUAAACUGAGACCCGCUAUAGCUACAGAAUAA